AUGAGUGAUGGGACCCUCAUCUUUCUGGUGACAAGGUUCUAUCACGAAGUGUUGGAAGCAUUGGUUCGUCGUCCACCCAUCUAUCGUCCAUCUUGUCUAUUUGCAUGGAUCCUAUCACCUCAAGUAGCCAUCCUACGACUACGACCUCCACGUCAGAAGGCCAUCACCAUCAUCAACUGCUACACGCCUACAUCAGCAGCCAACGACUAUCACUAG